GGUCUGGUCUGAACAGAGGACCAAAUUGCAAGCCAAACUCCCAAUUCCUCUCUCUCUCUCUCUCUCUCUCUCUACAAACCCAGAAGAAACUUUCUCUCUCUAUUCAAUCUGCGAUCGGAUUCGAUUCGCCUUGAAUUUUCGUGUCCGAUUGAGACAGUCUCGCCGGUCCUUCGUUGAUGGUCCGAUCACACAGCUUUUCUCCGGCGAGGUAAGGAUUCGAUGUUCUUGAUUUUUCCUGAAAAAUUUAGGGUUUUUUUUUUGUUUUGGUUCAGAUCUGGUAAUGUUUGUUUGGGAGGAGAUUAUGGGUUUUUGAUGGUCAAUUCAGGGGUCAAAAUUGUGUUGAUUUGAUUGAAAUUUUGGGGGGUUUGAUUAGGUCUAUUGAUUGAUAUGGAAGAGAGGGUGAGAUCUGGUGGGGGUUUGGUGAAGAAGAAGAAUUCUUCGGGUUGUUUGAUCAUAAAGAAGAGAGGGGUUGGUGUUGGGUCUUCAGGGUCAAGAAAGGUUUUUGAAUCGAAUAAGGAGAGAAAAAGGCCGCGUUUGGUUGUCAGUGAAUCAGAGUCGAGUGAUUCGGAGUCGUUAGAGCCAAUUCGGAGGAAAGUUGUCUCUGGAGCUGAUAAAUUUCAUAAUGGUUCAGCCGUGUAUCGAAAAGACAUUGUAGAAGAUAGCAAACUUGGUAGGAAUGGUGAAAUUGAGAGUGAUAAGAAGAGAAGGUUAGAUGUGUUUGAGUUCGAUGAAUAUGAUGGAAUUGAUGGAAAGAGGAUGAGGAUGGAUUUUUCGCAGGAUAGGUUUAAGCUUACAGGACGGGGUGGGAGUGAGAGGGAAUUUGAAACUGGGUCUAGUAGACAUGUCAUGAUUGAUAAGGGAAAGAAUUCUCAUGUUGAUAGUAGAAGUAACUCGUCGGGAAGGACUGGUAAGAGUAGGUACGAGACAGAGGAUGAUGAAGCUCAUUUACCCAUUUCGUCUUUGAAACAGAAGUUUCGUGUAUCGUCUGAUGAGCCUAUCAGGUUGCAGGGGAAAAACGGUGUUUUGAAGGUGAUGGUAAACAAAAAGAAGAAAAUGGAUCUGCCCCACAAAUUCACUGAUCAUAAAUUGGAAAUUGGAGAUAGAAAGGGUUCUAAGUCUGAAAAUGCUAUCAAGAAGAAUGUAUCUGCCAGACCUUCAUUUUACUCGGAUUCAAAACGUCCUGAUAAAGCAAUGUCAUUUGUUAAGACAGAGAAGAGUGAGCUAAAACUGCAAAAUUCAUUGUCUAAGAGUGCUAAGGCUGGCAAUUCAGAAACAAAGGAUUGUGAUGCAUCAUUGAAGCUGGGAUCAACAAGUGUGCAAGCUCAUACCUCUUUGAAAGGGGUAAAAAGUGAAGGGAAAGCUCCAUCAGCUCAAAAGGUCACUCCUGUUAGAGGGAAAGAAGUUAAAAUUAACCGUGGUAGUGGCACAGAAAAGCAAUUGCUGCGUGAGAAGAUAAGGGAUAUGCUUGUGAAAGCUGGCUGGACGAUUGAUUAUAGACCUAGAAGGAACAGAGACUACUUAGAUGCAGUGUACAUUAGUCCCUCAGGAACAGCAUAUUGGUCAAUUAUUAAGGCUUACGAUGCGCUUCAAAAGCAAUUGGAUGAAGAAGAUGUUGACAUAAAACCUAGUGGGGACUGCUCUUCUUUUACUCCGUUACCAGAGGAGAUGCUUAGUAAAUUAACUAGGCAAACCAGGAAGAAGAUUGAGAAGGAAAUGAAGUUGAAGCGAAGAGAUCACGGUAGAAGUAAGAAAGUUAAAAAAGUUUCAAGGGAAGAGUCUUCAGAAGGCACGGACGGUGAAAAUGAUGAUGACAAACUAAGUUUCUUCAUGAAGCAGAAUGGCAAGCCACCAAAAGGGAGAUCUUAUGCGAGUGGAGAUGAUUCAAGUGGUAAUUUAAACAAGGGAUCACCCAAGCAAGACAAGGCUGAAAAACCAUCCUCUGCGACCAAUUUUCAUAUGAUUCAAGGAAGAAAAAGUCGAAAAAUUGGCAGAUGUACCUUGUUGGUUCGCAGUUCUGACAAGGGGCUGAAUUCGGAGAGUGACGGAUGUGUUCCAUAUACGGGAAAAAGAACCCUGCUUUCAUGGCUAAUUGACUCUGGAACGGUGCAGUUAAGUGAAAAAGUGCAGUACAUGAACCGUAGACGAACACGGGUAAUACUAGAGGGUUGGAUUACAAGAGAUGGUGUACAUUGUGGUUGCUGUAGCAAAAUCCUCACAGUUUCAAAGUUUGAGAUUCAUGCUGGAAGCAAACUGCGUCAGCCAUUCCAAAACAUAUUUUUGGAGUCUGGGGUUUCCCUUUUGCAAUGUCAGAUAGAUGCAUGGAAUAGACAAGACGAGUCCGAACGCUUUGGUUUUCACACUGUGGACACUGAUGGCGAUGAUCCAAAUGAUGAUACUUGUGGCCUCUGCGGUGAUGGUGGGGAUUUGAUUUGUUGUGAUGGUUGUCCAUCAACAUUUCAUCAGAGCUGCUUAGAUAUAGAGAUGCUUCCGCCAGGUGAUUGGCACUGCCCCAACUGUACGUGCAAAUUUUGCGGGAUUGCCGGUGAGAUUAGUGCCCAGGGAAAUUAUACAACUGUCAGUGCGCUUCUCACAUGCAGCCUGUGUGAGAAAAAAUAUCAUGAAUCCUGCAGCCAGGAGAUAGGUGCUUUACCUGCUGAUACAAAUGGUGCAUCAACUUCCUUUUGUGGGCAGAAGUGCCGAGAGCUCUUUGACCACUUACAGAAGCUUCUUGGGGUCAAACAUGAAUUGGAAGCGGGAUUCUCAUGGUCUCUAAUUCAUCGAACUGAUCUGGACACAGAUGCAUCACACCGUGGGUAUUCACAGAGGGUGGAAUGCAAUUCUAAGCUAGCUGUCGCACUCUCUGUUAUGGAUGAGUGCUUUUUGCCUAUUGUUGACAGGAGGAGUGGGGUCAAUUUGAUCCAUAAUGUUGUCUAUAAUUGUGGAUCAAACUUCAGUCGGCUGAACUAUACUGGCUUCUAUACUGUCAUUUUGGAGAGGGGUGAUGAAAUCAUUGCUGCUGCAUCCAUCAGGAUCCAUGGGACCCAACUAGCAGAGAUGCCAUUCAUUGGGACACGCCAUAUAUAUAGGCGCCAAGGGAUGUGCCGUCGGCUUUUUUGCGCCAUUGAAUCGGCCCUCGGCUCUCUGAAAGUUGAGAAAUUGAUUAUUCCUGCCAUUGCUGAGCACAUGCAUACAUGGACUGUAGUUUUUGGCUUCUAUCCACUUGAGGAGUCACAAAAGCAAGAGAUGCGGUCCGUGAAUAUGUUGGUGUUUCCUGGUACGGAUAUGUUACAGAAGCUGUUAGGGGAACUAAAAACCACCGAGGGAAAAGUUACUGCUAACUCAGAUGCAAAGCCUGUUCCAAUCAAAGAGGAUCAUCAUCUUAUGCCUGAUUUAACAAAAAAAGAUGAUGUGGAUUCCUCUGUUGGGCAUGAUCUCAACAUUCGUGACGGUGCCGGUUUGCACAAUGCUGACAAGACAGAUGACAAAGCUGCUGCUGUAGAUUCUAGUUUGCAAGCCCCAGCUGUUCCCUCAAACGACAAUGCACUGUUGGAUAGUUCUUUGAAUGUUCCUUCUGAACCUAAACUUGAUGUCUUGAGUGAGUCUCAGUCAGUAAAAGAGUCAACUGAUGAGGAAAAUCCUGCUGGUUUGCACAAUGCUGAUGAGACAGAUGACAAAGCUGCUGCUGUAGAUUCUGGUUUGCAAGCCCCAGCUCUUCCCUUACAUGACAGUGUACGGUUGGAUAUUUCUUUGGAUGUUCCUUCUGAACCUAAACUCAAUGUCUUGAGUGAGUCUCAGCCAGUAAAAGAGUCCAGUGAUGAGGAAAAUCCUGUAUUAGAUCCUUCUGUUAAAGGUAAUUCUUCGGAGGAAGGGGUUGUCAAUACCGUUCAAGAAGCAAAUGUCGAAGUUGCUGUAAUUGAACCCGUUCUUGAUUUAUUUGGUGAAAGUUCGGUUAUUAAUACUGCUGAGGAAAUCAAGGGAGAUCAAAAUCCUCUUUGUGCUUGUGCUAUUAAUGGAACUGAUGAGGAUACGAAGCAAUCCAACUCUGAAUUGAGUCCUCAACCUGCAGAAGGUAACAUCGAGUCUAAUGCCGAGGGUUAUAAGCACGAUGCUCAUCAUGCAAAGGUGAAAGUUUCUUGUGCCGAGCCCAGUCUGGAUUCUUUGGGUGAAAUUUCUGCACAGAAUACUACAGAAAAAAUCAGUGAAAACCAUGAUCCGGUUCCUGUAUCUUCUCUUCAUGGUACUGAUGACUGUAUUGCAUCUGAUUUGAAUCAGCUGGAUAGACUUGGAAUUGAAAGCAAAUUAAAUGUGGCUUUACAAGUCAAUAAUAUUGAGUCUUCUGCAGUGAGUACUCAUGAAGUUAAUGGCAAAGUUGCUAAUGUUGAACCUGGUCUUGAUUGUUUUGGUGAAAUUUCUGCCCAGAAUAAAGACAUUAAUGAAGAUCAGGAUCAUGCUGCUGUUUCUAUGCUUAAUGGUUCUGAUGAGAGUGCCAUGCAACUCGAUUCUGAUUUGAACAAGCAGAGUGCCCUUGAGGUGGAAAGCAACUCACAUGCAGCUUCAGAAGUGGUGUCUGAUGAAGAAGUUGCUCUAGUUGGAAGAAAUAUUCUUCCUAGUGCAGAGGACGAUGUGGGUAAAGAGGCUCAUGAGAUGGUACCAUUAAAAUGCCAUAAUUCAGAGGGAAACAAACGUGACAUGUUAAAUAUAAAAUUCGGGGUUCUGGUCCAAGACAGUGCACAACAACAUUUCUCUUUUCCAGAAGGUUUGAAGAGGUUCGAAUGUGUCCUCGCUGUGGUUUACAUAAAGUCAAAGGUGAAGUUCCCUGCCUUGUAAUGUUAUACCUGGAGGUUAGUUAAACUGUUCUGUGACGUGUGUUGAGUUUGGUAGAUGGAUACUCUGCUAAUUAGCUUUCUUGUGUACAUAUAGUUAGAUUUUGAGUCUUCAUUUUCUGAGUUUGAAGGUCUUGUAAUGUGUCAUUUGUUUAUGGUAAUUUGGGUGUUUCACAUAACAGAGGGAAUGAAAUUCUUGGAUAGGUCCUUCCUUUGUAGGUCCUGGAACUCCCACCAUUAUUCAUGUAAGUUUUAGUUGUUGCAGAUGCUGAUUUUACAGGGAACGAGUAUAAAUUAUUCUCUUUAUGUUGCUCUUCUUUUCCUUUUUUUGGGGAACUUAGUUAGGUGCCAUUUGCAGUGUUUAUGUUGAGUACAAAUGUGCAAAGCUUAGCUUUCUUGUGUGAUGAAUGAUUAUCAUGACAAUGGUGAAUGGAAUAAAGUUUUGACAAUGCAUUUGAUGAGAAA